ACCCCCAAAAUCAUAACAACAAUGACAUAUCCUGUCUUUUUAUAUCUGUAGCAAUUUCUAGCAGUAUAUGUAUUGAAUUAUCAGGAUCAAAGUUAAUCAAAAUAUAUUUAUUCAGCAUUUAUUAUAAUUAGAAGAAACUAACAUAACUAAGGGUAUAUGUAUAAUACAGUUCAAGAAGUGAGAUUAACAAAAUUUAUUUUCAUCAAUUAACAAUAUAAUCUUAGUAUGGAUAAAAGGAUUCUGAAAGCAAUAUUAUGCAGCUGUGAAAGUGUCACAAAAGAUCUUGAAAAAUCAAAGGAUUUCCAAAAAUUAUUACAAGACGACCAGUUUCUACCAACAUCUAAUGGUAUAUUUAAUGCAGCAUGUGUAUCAUUAACAAAGUUACUCUCUUACAAAGUUUCAAAGGAAGCAUAUCAACGUUACACUGUCCGUCUUCAUGUGAUUAGUGCUCUAAGAGAUUGGUGUAGGAUCAAUGAAGCUCUUCAAAAUUUCAAAAUAUUCACAGAUCAAAAGAAAACAUUAACAUUUCUCAACAGUUUGGUAGAAAAGUAUAUAACAGAUGAUAUCUUAGAUACAUGUGAUUCAAGUGACGACCUAUUACCAUUAACCAGUGCUUUAAUGUGUCUAGCAUCUACAAAUUCAUAUUAUAAUUAUUACAUAGAAAAACUACUUCUAAAACUUGUGGAAUUGGAAUCCUGUGAUCAAAGUGACUAUUUGUUAUGUUAUGCUGUACAGAAGGAUGCUAAUUUCAAUCUGAAUUUUUCAACGAUAGAAAGUAUAUAUAAUUCCCAAAGAUGUAAAUUAAUAGAACAACCACUAGUGGAAGAGUUCAUGUUAUGUACAGAUUUAAAUAAAGAUGUUAAUAUAGAUAAUUCAGAGAGUAUCAAUUUGUUAAGUCAAUUGUAUGAGUUUGCUAGUAAAUCUACAUGUAUUUUUCUACUCGUAUGUGCCUUUCUAAAAGAAUUAUUUAUACAAUUGGAUUAUGCCUCCACAGUUAUGAAUUUUAUACAAAAAGUGUUGAAACACAUUAAAGACUGCUGUGAAAAUCAAGACAAUGACAUUCUAGAUCUUUACCCAAGAAACUUACAAUCAAUUAUAAUUUUACUGCAAAUACAACCAGAGUAUCAUACAACUGAUUCUAAAAGUUCAACUUUAAGAACAUUAGAAAGCAUUUAUUUUGAAGACAAGCACAGCGUAAUAACUUUGUUGUUGCAUUUUCCUCAAUGGUUAAAAUUAUUUGGAGAACUACUCUUAAAUUCAAAUAAUAUUUAAUAAAAUUAUGUAUAUGUGAUAGAUUUAUGUAAACUUAAAAUA